AUGGCAACAAGUGCAGAUUAUGAUAUUGUUCCUACGUCCCCACCAGGAAGUGAUAGCAGUCAUUCAAAUUCCCCCACAGAUAGAACACGAUUAAUGUCGAACGGGGUGCACGAACGAACCCACACAAUCCUGAAGUCGAGCGAUGGGUUUUUUCUCACCAGCAGAUCUUCUACCCGGAGAAGUUUUGGUCGUGAAUGGACACGUAGCCACUGGGAAAAAGUUAGAGAUCUUGAACAGGAAUCAGAACGAGCAAGACGAUGUUCAAAACUAUCGAGUGGAUUCGCUCCUUUAAUGGUUUUCGGGGGCUUAGUGUUCAUAUGUAUUGGAGUCAGUGCAACCACUAACAACGGCAAAGAUCGAGAAAAACUGCAACAACUUAGCGCAGCUCCUAUGGCCAUGGGUGUUUUCAUGCUUGCUCUCGGAAUAUUUCUCAUCGGGUCUUGGUUUGGUUGCCGAGGGAGGGCGAAAGGUCUUGAACAACAGUUACUUCAUGGUUCGCGUAGAAAUUCUCUAGACGAAAAUGUGGUGCAAAGUUUUAUUUCCAAACUGUAUUCAAAUCCCGGUGCAAGUCGCCGACAGCAAGCGUCGCCUACACUUCCUGGAGUCACUCUCGAUGGUGUGGACGUUCUUAAACCUCUGUCAGAUACCGAGAUAAGAGGUGAACGACAGAAGUUUCAUGACUCGUCAGCGGAGCAUCCUAACUGUUGUACUCAUUGUGGUGCCAGUAACACCUCAACCCAGGUUAUUUUAGAAACAGCUAUUUAGCAUCAUGUCUGCAAUCUAAACAAUUCCCAUGAAGCUAAAAAUGGCUGGGUUCCUUUUGAGAUGUUGAAGCCUGGAUCCCAGCGGUACCAAAGAAACCGAAUUGCAGAUAUUUCAUUCCAUCCCGAAUUAUCUUUUGGUGUAAACCGUCGCUUUGAUAAAGUUGUGGGUAUCAGUUUUUGAUGAUGCGUGGCACCAUCAAUAUGACUCAUGACAAGGUACGAUACCGUAAGCGGUUAUUCUGACAGAACUUGCAGUUGGGCAGGUUUUAUGCUUUAAUGCCCCACACGCACUGCUGUAAACACCACACCAUCGCAUAUUUUAGCUCGAGCAUGCUCACAAGUCACAAAGCAAUUUUCUGAAGGUUUUCACUACUUAUUUUUACCAAUAUUAUGGUUUACAAAUUGCGCUUCCAAUACUCUUUCUUUAUUACACUAUCGUGUAUUUGUUUGUUUUUAUAUUUCCUAACUUUAUUUGAAUUUAACAUAAAUGAAUAUAGUGCAAUCAUUAACGUCCUGGAAUAUAUUAGAUAAAUCUCUAUUA